CGUUAGGACGUAGCGUUGGGUAAUGAUUGAGGCACCACAUAGGCCAACACCGCUGUUGAACUGCCCAAGUAGGGCCACUUGAUAGGGGAACUGACCGGGGCGUGCUUCUUGUCCGUUAACGAUGCGACGGUUGGGAGUGUUUUGUGUCGCGGUGGUUGGUGUGCGGAAGUGAGCUUUGAUGUGAUCGAACUCCUCGAUCGGACGCACCUCGGACCAGUCGAUUCCGAACGAGGAAGAAGAAGAGGUGGUGGGGAGUGGUGAAACACCGUGAAGCAGUGCCAGAAGGCCUACCAGCGUGAGUGAAAUUACACACUUCAUCUUUGGAUGACAAUAGGGAUUGGAGCUCGGAGGGGUUGCCCGAGUGAUGCGAUCAACCAAUGGCUGAAGGUGUGCUUUUAUACCAAAUUCGCUGCUUAUCACUUGAACUUUGCGAUAAAGAUUCGUCCAAAAUUGGCCCACAAUGGAAGUCACGUGCGAUAAGUCCCCGCCUGAUAAAAGCGUUAAAUCAAAGGAAGAUUUCAUUGGGAAUGCCCUUUCGGGGAAAAACGUCCAGGAACGGAACUUUACUUCGAAAAGAUUGAUAAAAAUAGAACCAGAAAGCGCGUGCCAGUGGCCGAUCGGGAUGAUAAAAAUCCCAAGGGAAUUCCAAUGAUGCCAGCGUGUCAUACUGGGGGCAUUCCCCAUGGGAAAAGCGAAGGAAUUGAGAUAAGAGCGCCUCUCCCUUUCGAAUGUUGUAAAACAAGCGGGUAAAGGUAAUCAAACGUGUGUAAGCAAAACCCACGAUUUUUAGACCAAUUUCCUCUUCUUGUUCUAAGCGGCCACCUGCCAAGGUCUUAAAAACAAGCUUACCUUAGCUUCUGUCUCAGUCAAAUAAAUCCCAAGGCCUCAGACUCAAAAUCAAGGCCGCGGUUAACACAGUCCAUCGAUUUCGUCCGGCCUUGCAAGAGCCGGUACGCCUGUCGAAUAGUCAACAAGGCAACUAGGAUUGAUGUUUGAAAUAAGAACACAGAUGUGACAUGUUGUUAGGACAUGUUCUAUAGACGCCUUUAUCACGUUACGUCCCAGUGAAUGAUAGGUUCUUGGGAGCAACGAGCUCUGAUUCUGAACCGUCUCCGACAAUUGUUAGUUUGAUCACACCUCUAGCGAAAACCGAACUACCAGUUACGCUAGGAGUUGGAUUCGUCUCGGGUUGUAAUCAUCUGGAAUCAGAGUAAGCCGGAGUUUUCGGUAUUGAAGGCUGAAGACUCCAGCCGGCCCCAAAUAAGGCUGUCCCGCUAGUCUAGUCCCAACAGAUUGGUUUUAAACCACUGACAAUGAAUUAGUUACUUCCAUUAGAUGUCCCAAUUCUCUUGUGCAAAAUAAGCCUCAAGAAUGCGAUUAUGAUCUUGUCCUUGAAUAACAAAUCCUCCAAGUGUGCCAAGUUCGUUCUUUGGCCCUCUUUAGAAGUCAUGCGUUCUUCUUUUUAAAGGGAAUUCAUCCCGUCCAUAGAUGAUGCUGUCAUGACUGUUCGCUUAGCACUGCGUUGGAGCCUUAAAAGAAUCUUUUUAACUAAAUUCCAGGUCUAGUCCGCUAAGCAGAAAUACACUCACACAUUCUCUCUGCCAUUCCCAAAACCCGUGAAUUGUGGUUCAGUUGUGCAAGCACUGUCCAAAAACCUGUAUUGCAGUACGAAAUCCUGAGACAGAGAACUGAACGUGGGAUGUGUUUGCACAGCUGCCCCAUCCGCAAGCACAGUAGACGUGUAUGGUCCCCCGCAGAAGCGUUCUAUUGCAGAAGCAUUGAACAGUUUUGAAAACAAGAAGGCACGUUUAGACCGUGCUCUUGCCUUGUGCGGAUAUCGAAUAUUGGCAACGAAUCGGUGUUGCCGUGCUAGAUACAUUCAGGAGCCAUGUACGCGUUGGCUGUGUCUGUUGCGUUGGCCUGCAUCGUACUGCAGGUCGCGUAUUCCCGUCCCGACUUUGGCAUCCGGGGCACGAUCGAUGGGGUGAGCAAUGUCAACUCGCGAGCCAUCCUGGUGAAGGAGUACUUUCUGCGUGUGAACGACUACAUUAUACCGGACCAGAAGAGUGACAUUGCGACGCUGCGUGAUGCGGCUAAAACGCUGCAGGCGAUCGGUCAGUCGGUGAACAACCUCGGACCGGCCCUGAUGGAUGCACUGACGACCGCCACGGACAACGACAGUGGGGAUGUUAAUGCGACGUUCGCGCUGAUCAACAUGGCUCGGUUAAACUUCGAGGGCUACGUUGAAAUCAAUCUAAACGAACAGAUCCUCAACUUGAACACGCUACUGGGCAUGCAUGUGCGCGAUCAGCUGGUGGACGAUUUCUAUCACAUCUCCAACCGACUGGCCGCGGUGAACAACACGCUCGGUCAGCUGCAGUCGGCAGUUGUGGCGGCAAACAACGCAGCCGGCGGGGGCCCUGUGUCGCAGGAUCUGAUUAAACAGUUUGUGAAUGCCGAUCUGGUGGCUCAGCUGUCCCGCCAUCUCACCCUGCUCGCCUACCGCAUUCCCGUGCUGACGUACACCGUGACCUCCUCGCUGGAGAACAUUGAGCAGGCGGACGCGUACUACUACGGGCUGGUGCAGGACUCGGACCGUGUGCUGAACGAGAUCGAAACGUCGGGCGACGAGUUCAACAUGCUCGCGGGCAACUACUCCCUGCUCGUGGAGCAACAGAUGAACCAACUGAUUGCCGAUUACAAACCGGAACUGUCGCUCGCGAACGAUUCGGCUACCGCGCUGAACGUGACCGCUCUUGCGACGGUCGUAACCAACCUGAAGAACGUGACGGACGCCAAACUGGCCGAAACGCUGAAAGCCUACAAGGACCUGUACCUGCCCGCCAUUCUAGCGCUGUCGAAGCUGCUGCCCAUCGAGUCGAACUUCUCCUUCCUGACGGGCGAAAAUCCGGCCGCAGUGCUGGUAGGGGUGCUGAUUGCGAACGGUCCCUUUUCGCGGUUCUGCUUCUGGAAGUACUCGAGCCUGCUGCACAACAUUCUGCUCACGUCCAACUUUGCCGCCGAGUGCUACGAUCGCGAGUACAACCGGUUGAGCACGCUGCAGCAGGCGCUUCUGCUGCAGAUCGAGCUGAUCUCGUACAGUCUGGAGAUCGUGAACCCGUACUCGGUGGUGUGUGGGUUCCUGCCACCAUCCGUCGCCCUGCGGACGGAACAGUGCGCGAACGAGAUCGCAUCCUACUUCAACAUAAUUUCGAACGAUUUUAGCAGUAAGCUGGGGGCGUUCGUUAAUCUGACCUCCAUUGAGCUUAAUGCUAGCAAGCAGCGACUGAGCGUAUGUUGGUCGGCCAAGAUACAGUCCACGUUUGUCAAGUACCAGACGCUCAUUCCGGAAAUAAGAAACUGCUCCUUGACCGGUCCCGAACUGUAGAUGACAGAGACGGUGUAAAAUAAGCAUUAAAGCAAACGGAUUUCUGCUAAA